AUGACACUCAGUUACAAAAACAGAUAUCAGAAGCCAAACCAGUAUUAUUACCGGUUUAACGAUCCUGGAGAGAAGCAAAUGACCGGGAAAUGGUCGGCGCAGGAUCGGUUUUUGUUUUUGAAGCAGUUGAUCGAUGGCGGAGUGAAUUAUUCGUGGGGAUUGUUUUCUCGAAAGAUCCCUGGACGCGUGGGAUAUCAGUGCAGCAAUUAUUACCGCCAACUGAUCCGCGAAGGCGUGAUCAUCGAUGACAAUUAUUAUGUGGAUCAGAACAAUCGAUUGGCGUUUAAGUUUAAAACGCGAUCGAAUUCGGUGUCAACGAAGAAGCGCAAGACGUCGAAGAAGUCAAAAGAAUUCCGUGACUUGGAUGAUUUGGAUGUGGAUUCGUUUGAUUAUUCGCAAUUAGAAGAGAAGAAUUGUUUGCCUGUUUUUGUUUGUGGGGUGUUUGAUUUUCAGGGAUUUAUCGAUGUCCUGACGAUGGAGGAGGUCGUAAAGCCUGCGAUUUCUCCGUAUGGACAUGUUUUGGGUUACGAUACGUGGAUGAAGGUGCUGAAUCGAGAGCCGAAGAAUACAUGUCCGUUUACGAAGAAGAAGUUGAAUCGAAGACAACUCGAGAAGCUAACGUUUGCCAAUAUAGAUCAGUAUCGUGAUAAAAUCGUGGACAUGCAGAGUCAUUUGGGAAAGUUUUGGAUUGUUUGUUUGAGUAUGAAAGCAACAAACUGA